UUUAUUUUUUAUUUAUUUAAGUCAUUGAACUGGGACCAUGCUGUUGCACUGAAAACGACUCCAGUGCUUUUUUCCUAUCGUUCCUGUUUGCUGAAACCGUCAAGUUACGGGGACGUAAAGAAACCAACACCGGUUGUCAAGUGGUGGAAUGUACAGACAUACAUUGUAAAAGAUAAAACUCCACUUCGUUCACGAUUGACCAUGGUAUUGCACCACCUUGAAACGUUCCUCUCCGAGGCACAAGUCCUGGCAAGGUUGUUUGUUUGUGAUAGACCAGUAGUUGUCCAUGCGUGCCAGUCUCCCUUCACGCCACCGAUGUUAUCCAAGCGAAAGGCAAAAGCUGGUACAGCUUCGCACCAGUGGCAUUGCAAUUCAUUUCCUACAGUCAAGUGAACUGGAACAACAUGGAAUGAAGCGUCUUGCUCAAGAACGAAACACCACCCGGUCCCAAAAACGAACUCGCAACCUCAGAUUGUAAGCCCAACGCUCUAACUACUGAGCUAUGCACCUUGAUACAGAGAGAAAGAGAUAAAGAGAGGGGCGGGCUUCUGCACAGUUUCCGUCUACCAAAUUCAUUCACAAAGCAUUGGUCGGCACGAGGUUAUAGAAGAAGUGUCAAGUGGUGGAACUGAACCCGAAACCACGUAGCUGCAAAAAUGCUGCACGUUUUGUCUCUCUGCUGACAUUCCAUUCUUGAAGUAAAACUUGAUUUAACCUGCAGACAUCUGUAAACAUGCUUGACCCUCGUGACAAGUUAAUCCUCAACAGUCUGAUCUCUUUGAUCGGACUGGUGGGAUUUAUUGGCAACUUUCUCAUCUUACGGAGUCUCAUAGUCUACAAAAACAUGAGGAUUGCACAUCAUGUUGUGAUCGGAGGUUUAGCUCUUGCCAGCAUCCUUUACAUCCUCUUUGAGAUUCCUCAGACAAUUGUGAACUUCACAAGCACUCGUUGGAACAUCACAGAUAUUUGGUGCAACAUAACUAACUACAUGGCACACUGCAGCCUCAUUGUGGUUGCGUUUCAUCUUGUUGUACUGUCUAUUUUAAAUGCCCUCAUCCUCACUAACCGUCCUAAUAUGAUUAUUUCAGGCAAACAUGCCUUGAUAAUUGUCGUCAUUUUGUUUGUGGUCAUUUUUACUGCUGGAGUACCGUUUGCAUUUGCCUACCAUGUGAAUAAAGAUUUGGAGCGAUGUACUUUUAAACCAGACUUAAAUGAUGAAUUCCUGCUACUCAUCAUCAUAACUGUUUGUUAUUUCUUACCCUUUGGUCUAGUUCUUAUCACCCAUAUCAUCCUCCAUUACAUAACACAGCGUUUCUUUGUCGAUAGUAUACCCGAAGACAAGCGCAAACUCUCCCAGUUAGUUUUAGGUCUUGUCAUUGCUUAUUUUUUCUGUCAGUUACCCUACCAUGUUGUAAAUAUUCACUUGCUUUAUAUGUUAAAAGAUCCAAACAUCCAGGCUGAGCAAUUUAUAAUGUGGAAUCGAAUUUCUUCCUACUUGUUGUGUCUUGCUCAACUUAGUUUUUCCAUUAGUCCCAUCGUCUGUGCAAAACUUUCCAAAGAUUUUGGCGAUAGCUUCGACGAGAUCAUCAACUGCACAGCAUGUGUCUCAUCAGGGAACCAAAGACAAGGAACUCUCAAUGCGUCCACUCCAUUAACCUGCUCAACUUUAAUUGGUUCUGAGAAUAAUGUAUGAGAUGAGAAGAGCUCAAUGUAAAUAAUUAAUAUGAACUGUGUUGUGUAUUUUGCUCAGAGAGCGAGAGAGAGACUGAGACUUAUGGAAUGGCACAAAUGGCUUGGAACAGUGGAAGCUAUUCAGAAAAAAAAAACAGUUUCUUCUUACUUAAUGUUAGGAAUGGAAAACAAAGGAGAAAUAUAUUUUGAUUUGGAAGAAUUUAUGAUGAAGUUCCUGACAAAAAUAGUCAAGAUUUUUUUUUUACUUUUUAUAAGAAAACAAAACUAUCAGGGAGGGCAGGAUACAAUUUGAAAAAAAUUGUAUUUUAAUAAUCCAUACAAAGUAUACACACACACAUGCUUGCACAUAUACAAGGUGUGGCUAAAAAAAUUCCCAAUUUCACCAUUCUUCAUAAAAGUUUCAACAGCAAACACAAAGUGUGCACCGGUCCAAAUGAUGAAUGGUGACUAACAAAUAAAUGGUAAACCAUUAGGUACAUGAAGAAACCAUUAUCAUCUACCUAACUUUAAUAGUACCACAACAAUAGUCGCCACACCCUGUACAAUGUCAAUUGAAUUUUGAGUUUCAAUAUGUGUGAAUACAUGAAUGUCAAGAUGUGAAUAAUGUGUAAAUAUGUUGGAAUAUGUACGUAUGUAUUUAUGAAAAAUGUAUGUGUGAACUAUAUUAUUGAUACCUGUGAAUGUAUAAAAAAAAAUAAAACAUAUAUUUUUUUGAAGAUGCCUGCUAAAAUGUGACUCUGUGUGUGUGUGUAUGUGUGUGUGUGUGU